AUGAAUCCAGCGCCUCCCAGGACGCCGACGGGGGAUGGGACCAGAACUGUCGCCGACGCAGGCGAGGGGGCGCCCGGCGCCAAGGGCGGGAGGAAGCGCGUCAGCUUUGCUGGCAUGCGUGGGCUGGAGAACGUAAAGGUUUUCAAACAGAAUGAGGGCGCCCAUGCAAGUGCGCUUGCCCAACGUGACGCCACUGGGCCACUGGUUGACUUGUUAACCGGCAAUCUGUCCACCGUGACGGAAGAGAGCAGUAGGUUUGGCAGCGAGCAAGGUGUUGAAAGCAUGAAAUCCAGGCACCAGGAUUCUGACAAUCACCCAUCGCUCACUGAAGGCCGAAAUUCGACAUCCAAUUUGGUCUUCCAAUUUGAAAAUUCCGCACCACUGGGGGCAGUCACUGGUGACAGGAGGGCGUCUGUGUUCUCUGGUGCACAAAAUGGCAGCCAGAACACAUCCUCAGGCAGGUGGGGAUUUCAAUUUGAGGAGACUGGGCCAGUGGCCGGAUUGCUCAUCGACCCCAGACCAUCGCUCACUACAGGGGGCCAGACUUUGGGCCAGAACCUAACCUCCGAAGCGAGGGCAUCUGUAGAAGAAAUUGAACCGGCAACUGGAUUGACUGGGGGACAAAACCCUACCUCCAAGCAGGGAUUCCAUUUUGAUGGCACUGACCUGAACUGCGGAUCCUCAGUUCCUGCCAGAGGCCCCAUUGGCACCCCAAAUGCACAACUUGAGGAUUUGAGGAUUGAUGAUGCUCCCCUGGCGUCCAUCAAUGAUGGCAGAUCGUCGCUGCUAACCAGGGGCAAUACUGGUGGCGAUGGCCUCACAUCCAGAUGGGGCACCCACUUUGAAUCCACAGAACCAGUGAUUGGGGUUGGAUUUGAAGGAACAGCCCCAACAGCCAGGUUCCUGUCAACUGCACAAGGCGCAGGUGGUGAAGGACAGCCCUCCAGAAGGCCGGCAAAUGUUUCAAUGACCAUGGAGGUCACAGAAGUGUCAGAUCCUCUAGAAGGGUGGGAACUGGGGACAACGCCAAGGGCACUUCAGCAGAGCCUGAUGUCACCCAGAAGCUCCACAGGAGUACUGAUUGGAGCAGCAGGAGGUGAUUUUGGGGGGUUUAGCCCCAAGGCUACCCAGCUUGUGGAUAAUUCCGACACCCUGCGCAUGUUUGACGUUCCCCCUGAUAUCUUUGCCCUGGAGCCCGCCAAUCGGAGCCAGAACAUCACCUUUAUGGAAUUCGUGCAGCUGGCAGGAAUGGAUUUCACUGGCCGCUUUGUGCCCCGGCGUUCAAUGCUAACGCCCAUCACGCCACGGCAACCACCAGCCACCCUAAAGGACAGCUUGGUCCAGCUGGCGUUGACUGCUGUGGAGCUGGAGAAGUAUACCACUACAAUUGCAGAGCUCCAGAAAGAUGUCAAAGAGCAGCAGAAGCUUACACAAGCCUUGGAAGGACGCCUUGCUGCCAACAAUCCACCUAUCUUCAAGAAAAUGCAGUUUGCCAACGGCCGUGAAAGGGUGCAGCUGAAAGCUCAACUGGACACGCUGAAGGCCUGCUGCUCCUUGAGGGCCUCCCACAAAUGGAGGCAGAAGCGCAAAAAGAUGGAAGAAAGGGAGGAAGAUAUUCUGAAGACUGUCGUGAGGCUCAUCAAACAUGACAAUUCAUACCUUGAGUCCAUCAUCACCAGCACGAAACUCUUAAACCAUCAGAUGGAAGAAGCUGCAAAAGCUGGCAAGAGAGUAAAGGAGACUGAAGACACAGAACGGAAGGCCAUCGCAGAGUUGGAAAGAAGCAUUCAAGAAAUUGAUGCUAAAAAUAGUGAAACUGAGAGACGGGUACAGGCUGCAGAGGAACGUAAUGCAAAGAUCGAGGCCGAAGUGUAUGCAAACAGAGAGAAACUGGGACAAAUGAUGCUGGAUGUGCAAGACCACGAAGAACGUCUGCAGACAAAGGCUCAUAGUGCUGGGAAUCUGAUGAGUGCAAGUGAUGCAGAGAAGUUGGAACUCUGCAACCUCAACUUCCAUCUUCAAUCAUGGACGUUUUUGAAGUUCAAGCAGGAGGGUUCAGCCCUGAACGUAGACCUUCAGCUCUGUGACAUGUUCCACGUCCAAGUUACUCUUCCCACGAAAGAAGCCAAAGCACAGCGUCCAGCAUGCGGUUUCGUUGGGAUGGUGGAGCCAGGGCGUUUCCCUGAACGCUACAUGAGAUUUGCUGCUAGUCUGGCUGGAAUUCAAGGUACCUCGACUGCACUUUUUGAGGGACACCCCUCACAGACGCGCGCCAGACUCCAGGCUGCCCACAGUGAGCUGUAUGGAGUCUGGACUAUCGUCAACGAACUGGACGGCCUGGCUCGGCAGGACCCGAGCAGGCCGGAAAUCCAUUUCGAAGGUCAGCGCGUCUGUCUCAAGACACGACACCCGAACGGCCAACGGCGACGAGCAGCGAAGGCGACGGCGCGCGUGUCUCUUACCAUCGGUUUCAAACCAAAAUGGUACCCGUACUAUGCAGAUUCCAUGGCUAUCAGCAUCCGUGUUGACCGUGGGAGCGCUCCUGAGAAGCACGAACAGGAAAUCUCAAGAUUUGUGCAGGGGAUAGUGGCAGGCGAGGACUACUUGCGGCGUGUUUGGAGCACAGUUGCGGAGUACGUCAGCACUGGGAUUUGCAAAUGA